CUCUCUCCACAGAGCGCUCCAGCUUCGAGAGCCCCCUUGUGAAACGUAGCCAGCGCUCCGACCCCGCACCUCCGGAAGAAUCUCCGUCUUUUUUUUGUCCCAGUCGGAGAUCUUUUUUCUAAUCUUUUUUAAACGCACAAACGCUCCCGACGCACACUCACACACGCACACGUCCCCCCCCAGCGAGGCCCCAGAGGAGCCCCCCCCCCCCCCCAGAGGAUGCUGGAGGUGCAGGAGGAGCGGCCAGCGGCGGCCGGGGCGGCGGCGACACACUUCAACAAGAAGGAGCGGGGGAAGAAGGAGCGGGAGGACGCCAAGGACGGGCGGGGGGGCCCGGGCGGGGGCGGGGGGCCCGGCGCCGGGCCCCGGAACGUGCGGGCCAAGGCGCCGCUGUCGCACGCCGGCAGCCCCCACCAGCUGAUCACCCCCCCCUGCUCGGUGGUGCUCGGAGCGCCGUCCAUGCACGCCAGCCGGCUGAAGAACUCCCCCACCGCCAACACGCAGAGCCCUAAACCCAAGACGGAGGCCAUGGUGCGCUCCCCCCCUGUCAUGUCCCCCUCCACUGCCGGCCAGAUGGACUCUAAACCGCCCAACCAGGGGAAGCCAGGAAGUGUGGGCGGCCAAUCGCAGCCCUCCCCCUCGGACCCAAAGUCCCUGGGGGCCAAGGGGGCCGGGGGCAUGGGGAUGAAGAACGGCCAGGGCCUGACCUCCGGCCCCGGCUCCAAGGUCAAGGUGAAGCGGGAAAGAAGCACGUCGGUGGAGUCGUACGAGCUGCCGGAGACGGGAACGCCCACCGGAGAGGAGAAGGACAGCAGCAGGGUGAAGCGUAUGUGCGUGGCGGAGAGGCGGCAGCCGUACAGCGGGGCGGACUGGUGCUCCGGGGGGGAGAGCGACGAGGACGACAAAGGCUUCUUCAACUGUAACUCUGGCGACGUGAAGCCACAGGACGCCAUCUCCCACUCGACCUCCAACGCCGGGCUCAGCCGCGCCUCCACACCUUCCCACAAUGCACUGGGGGGUCAGGUCUCCGUGACGGAGCCCAGCAGCGGCCAGAAGGCGGGGUCAAAGGUCGUCUACGUCUUCACCACCGAGAUGGCCAACAAGGCGGCCGAUGCGGUUCUGACCGGUCACACAGAAAACAUCAUCAGCUUCCACAUGAAGAACAUCUCCAACAACAAGGAGAAGGCCCACCUCCUCCUGAACAACGCCCUCCGGAAUGAGUCCAAGCCCCCGGGGCAGCCCCAGUCCCACCAGGACCCCCCCCACCAGCCCGGACCCAAGCCCGGCAUGACGGACUCCGGCCCGCCCCAGACCUCCAACCAGGGGGCCCAGUCCGGGGUCCAGCCCCAGGAGGGCUCCUCCUCGGGGGGCAUGGAGCCUAAGCACCUCCCCGGCAACAGCCCCGGUCACCCCUCGGCCCCCGGCGACCAGCCCCCCGGGGGCCAGCCGGAGGGCGGCGGGGGCCACGGCGGCCCCCAGCAGGGCGACGGGGGGCCGGCGGCGGGGGGCCAGGGCAGCGCGGGCCUGACCCCCCAGCAGCAGCAGCAGCAGCAGCAGCUGGCCCAGGAGCUGCUGAACAUGGAGGCCAACACGGACGGGCUGUCCCAGGAGCAGCUGGAGCACCGGCAGCGCUCGCUGCAGACGCUGCGCGACAUCCAGCGCAUGCUGUUCCCCGACGACCGCGACGCCCCGCCGCCCGGGCCCCCGCAGUGCCACGGGGGCCCCCACGAGGGCGGCCCCGACGGCGGGCCCCGCCGGCCGGAGCAGGGCCCGCUGCAGGCCAUGAUGGCCCAGUCCCAGAGCCUGGGGCCCCCUGGCGGGCCCCGGCCCCAGGGCCCGCCCUUCGGACCGCCGCACGGCCCCCGGGAGAUGCCGCCCUUCCCGCAGGACGACAUGGGCCCCCACAUGGGGGGCCCGGGCGGCUGCGGGGACGGGGACCAGAUGACCCCGGAGCAGGUGGCCUGGCUGAAGCUGCAGCAGGAGUUCUACGAGGAGAAGAAGAGGAAGCAGGAGAUGCAGCACCGCCCGCUGCCGCCCGACAUGAUGAUGCACCCCCACGGCCCCCGGGCCAUGAUGCGCGGGCCCCCGCCGCCCUACCAGAUGGGCCCCGGGGAGAUGUGGGGGGGCCCCGGGGGGCCCCCGGAGCACUACCAGGAGCGCAUGGGCCCCGGGCCCCGCGGCAUGCCCCAGCACAUGCAGCGCAUGCCGGGCUUCCAGGGCAUGAUGAACCCGGACAUGGACGGGCCCCCGCGGCCCGGCAUGGGCUGGCCCGACGACAUGCCCCCCCGCAUGGGGGACCCCAGGAUGGGGGACCCCAGGGGCUUCCCCGGGGGCCCCGGAGGGAUGUUCGGGGGCCCCGGGGGACGGGGCGAGCGCUUCCCCAACCCCCAGGCGGUGCAGGAGGCCAUGUUCCACCAGGGGAUGGGCCCCGGCGGGGGGGGCCCCGGGGACAAGGGCCUCCCGCCCGGCAUGAUGAUGGACAUGCAGCGCAUGAUGGGUCACCAGCGAGGGGGCAUGGAGCCCGGGGCCAUGGGCAUGUUCCCCCGCAUGCCGGGGGACGGGCCCAUGAGCCCCUCCGCCCGGCUGCAGGGCAUGGGGGGCCGCGAGAUGGGGCCCGAGUUCGGCAUGGGCGGGGGCCCGGGGCCCCACAUGCACCCGUCCAAACUGCGCGGGGAGCCGCCCAUGAACAUGAGCCCCGACGAGAUGAUGAGGAUGAGGGCGGGCGGGGGGCCCCCCAUGGAGAACAUGGGCCCCCAGGGCCGGCCCAUGCAGGGGCCUCCGUUCCCGGACCAGGGCCAGCCGGGAGACUUCCCCAUGGGCCCGGGGCGGCCCUUCCCGGGGGGCCCCGGGGGCAUGAGGGGCCCCCACGGGGAGCAGGGUCCCUUCGGCCCCGAGCACCGGCCCGGGGGCCCCGCCAGCGGCAACGGGCGGCUGAACCACCUCCCCCCGGGGGGGGGGCCCGGGCCCGGCCAGAGGGGCCGCAAGCCGGCUGACCUCAACGUCCAGGCGGGGGGGGGCAACUCCCCCAGCAUCAACCCCCUCAAGUCCCCCCCCCUGCGGCAGGUCCAGUCCCCCAUGAUGGGCUCCCCCUCCGGGAACCUCAAGUCCCCCCAGACGGCGUCCCAGCUGGCCGGCAUGCUGUCCGGCCCCCCGGGGCCCAACGCCCCGCCCACGGGCGGCCCCCAGAGCUCGGGGCCCAUGAAGUCCCCCCACUCCAUGAUGGGCUCCGCCGGGGCCUCCCCGGUGCACAUGAGGUCCCCGUCUCUCCCCAACCCCUCCCCGGGGUGGGCCUCGUCUCCCAAGCCCCCCAUGCAGAGUCCGGGGGUCCCGCCGCAGGGGGGCAAGCCCCCCCUCAACAUCACCUCGCCCAACAUGAUGGGCAACAUGGAGCAAGGUGGCAACGGGCCCCCCUCCGCCCCCCCCUCAUCAGGGGCCCCCUCGGGCCCCAUGUCCCACCCGGGCAACGUGCCCUCGGGCAGCCCCUACACCAUCCCCCCCGAGCCCACGCUGUCCCAGAACCCGCUGUCCAUCAUGAUGUCCCGCAUGUCCAAGUUCGCCAUGCCGAGCUCCACGCCGCUGUACCACGACGCCAUCAAGACGGUGGCCAGCUCCGACGACGACUCGCCGCCCGCGCGCUCGCCCAACCUGCCCUCCAUGAACAACAACGGGAUGGGGAUGAACCAUCACCAGGGCAACCCUCGCAUGAUGGGCCCCAACAACUCGGGGCCCAUGCCGGCCCUCAGCCCGCUGGGCAUGACCCCUAUGGGCUCCCAGCCCCUGUCCCACGGGAUGGCCCCCCAGAUGCCCUCCCCCAACGCGGGCCCCAACAUGAUGCCCCACGGCAUGAUGGUGUCCCACGGCCAGGACCCCGGCAUGGGCCCCGGACAGAUGAUGGCGCAGGGCCGCAUGGGGUACCCCCACCGGGGCCAGGGCUACCCGCUGACCCAGUCCCCCUCCCAGCAGGGGCCCUUCUCCCCCCACAACGGCCCCGGGCCCCAGGGCUUCCCCGGCCACCCCAUGGGCUUCCAGGGCGAGGGCGGCCCCAUGGGGGGCCGCAUGGGCAACAUGUCCCACGGGGGCGACGGCGGCGGCAUGUGCAAGCCCAACCCGUCCGGGGGCCCCGAGUUCGGCGGGAUGCAGGGGGGCUUCAGCGACGCGGACCUCCACGAGGUGAUGCGGCCGGGGGCCUCGGGGAUCCCGGAGUUCGACCUGUCCCGGAUCAUCCCGUCGGAGAAGCCCAGCCAGACUCUGUCCUACUUCCCCCGGGGGGGGGGCGACCCGGGGGGCAAGCAGCCACACCCCUCCGGCUUCCCCAUGCAGGGCAUGAUGGGCGAGGGGCCCCCCAGGAUGGGCAUGCCCAUGCAGGGGAUGGGCGGCAUGCCGGGCCCCGGCGGGGGGAUGGGCCCCCAAGACAUGGCCAUGGGGAACCCGGGGGGCCACAACCCCAUGCGGCCCCCGGGGUUCAUGGGUCAGGGCAUGAUGGGCCCCCAGCACCGGAUGAUGUCGCCGGGGGGCCCCGGGGGCAUGAUGUCCCCCGGGGGGCCCGGCGGGAUGAUGCAGGGGAGGCAGAUGGCUCACCCGGGGCCCGGGGGCUCGCCCAACAUGAUGAUGUCGCUGCAGGGGAUGGGCGGGCCCCCGCAGCAGACGAUGAUGAUGGGCCAGAUGAGGCCCCGGGGCAUGGACAUGGACAUGGGCUUCAGCCCGGGGCCCGGCAUGUUCUGACCGCGCUCCGAGGACGUCCCGGGACGUUCCACAAGCAUGGAGGAGGGGGAGCGGUCGUGGGGGGGGGGGGGGGGGUGAGGGACUCUAGACCCUGGAGGAGCAGGUCCCGGCGCGUCCUGGGGGCCCCGGCUCCAGGGGCCACAGGG